CCUCAAGCCUUUAAGCUUGACACGUCAGAAAUCCCGACUGUUUGAUCCGAUUCUCAGGGUCAGCAAAUGAGCCAGUAAUUUUUCGUGUACUGAAAUACAAAGUAAGCACAGCUUGGUGCAUGCUGCAUGUGCUGACCUCUUUUUCGGCCUUGCAACUUUUGGUUGUCUCAGCCUGCAGAUAAAAGGCCUGGCUGUUGGUCUUUCUUUUGAUAUUUCUUUUGGCCCUUGGAAACACGAGACAUACCUGGUACCUAGUACCAACCACCAGAAUCAUCUCUAGACACCUAAGGCAACCAAUCAUUCCUCAACAGCUAAUCUAAAGGCUGUACUUGAUAUAAGAAGAGAACUCUCUUGUCAUCUCGCAAUCAUACACACAAUUGUGCACUUCACUUCUACACCCACCUACUCGCAGGCUCGGAUCCUCUCAAUCGACCCACGACUACGAAUACCCUAACAAAACAGUUACCCUAAUCAACAUGGCGGAACUUGCAGCGGGGGCCUGGAGUUGGAUUCAAGAGAAUCCAGGCAGAGCAGCAGUUUGCGCAGCUGGCGGCGUGGCAGUCGCGGCACCGGCCCUUGUCGCCGGUCCAGCACUAGCCGUGGCUGGAUUUGGAGCCAACGGUAUCGUAGGAGGCUCGAUAGCGGCCGGUGUCCAGUCUGGAAUCGGAAAUGUAGUGGCGGGAGGCCUGUUUGCUACGCUGCAGAGCGCAGCCAUGGCGGGCUACGGAGCCGCCGCUGUUAACGGUGUCGUCCAAGUUGGGGGUGCCCUCGGCGUAGUUGGCGCCGUCUUAAAAUCGGACACUCCGGAUUUACGAAAGCUUAAUCCCCUAGAACGUAUACAAUAUGUGUUGAACGGCGACAACAAGGAUGGUGGUAGUUGGAGUGACUUCGAUUUGAAGGGUACCUGUUUGAAGAGUGACAUUGUAAAGGUAGCAAAGCAGUCUUGGGAUGACGUUACGCUGGAUAAGUUGGUUGAUAUGACGAAGGCGACGCCCCAGCUGGUCGAGCGCCUCAAGGGAAUCAAGGAGUCGUUGGGAAAAUACUAAGUUAAGCAUGCAUAAGGCUGCUGUAUAAAUGGCCAUUGAGCCUAUCCGGUAUGAGCAAGCACAUGUAGUACGGGAUUGAGGAGGAGAACAUUCAGGCAUGAGAUUCAUAGUAGCUUAGCAUAUUGGCUAUCAUCCCA